UCAUUUGUCUCAAUUGAGUUCCAAUGGGGUCGCUGUGUCCAUUUCUUUUACUGUCUAUGGGCGCGAAUGGUAGUGUUCGCGGAUUAGUGGUUACAAUAAAUGAAGAUUGUUUUAGAGACAGUCCUCUAGUCGUCACGGAUUAUGGAUCGUUCUAAACGGAAACGGAAACCUUCGCUUCGAGCCGCACAGAGCCUGUCAACGAAACGGGAAAGUAAACGAGUUAGCGAAAGAACUAGCAUCAACCUUGGCGGAGCUUUCGAGCGAUGGAGACAGCUCAGAGAUCUCAUGGGAUUUAAGAGCGACCCACAGCUGGCUUUCUUCUUGCUGGACAGGGUGUGUGGUGAACCUCUUUCACAAGACAAUUCCAGUGAAACUCCGAGAAAGAGAGGAAAACGGCAGAAGUCAACAUCCGUGCUGAAAUCUGAGGUGACACGGAGCAAUUCACCUCAGCCUAGUCCAGAUCCCCAGUCCACAGACGUUGAGGUCCGUGGGAUCGGCUACGACGUCCCUCCCCUAUGGCUUUAUCAGCCGGAACAAAACUGCAUGAUGGAGCAGAGUUCCUCUUUGAGCACAAAUACGGAGGAAGACUACGCAGUGCUCUGGGAGGAGAGAAAGGAUGAACUCGCACAGACUACCCUGCGAUUGGAGGAACGCUUAAAUGCUAUGAGAUCUUUGUCUGAUACAGCAUCUGAUCCCAGUUCAAUGACAGGAGGGAUAGUAGACCCGAAGGAAACAAAAUGGGUGGUCAACAAAUCCAGUUUGACGGGACUGUUCAGAACCUGCCACCAGUGUGGAGAGCCGGUUCUGGAAUUUAAAACAUUAACAUCUGGAAGUCUGAUCCGGAUUCAGUGGGAAUGCUCAAAGGGACAUCUCAUGUGGCUCUUCCCCAACCACAACCCAACAUAACACAAAGACAGGGAUUAAUGUACUGCAGUUUGUCUCGCUUUGUUUGAAUGUGAAUGUAAUAGAAAUAAAGCUAUGCAAAAUAAAAAAA